GUAAUAAUCAAAAUAGUUUGUCCACAUCUCAAAUGUCAACAGUUCUAAUAAGGAGUUUUUUUUGUUUGUUUGUUUUACUAGAAAGAAAGUUUAAUCUGCUCUAAUCAGUUGUAGGCUUCACCCUCCUACACAGUCCUGACAGUGACGAGCAAGGUCCACAGAUCGCUGGAUUUAAGCUGAACAGUAAAUAGUCUUCAGACACUUGCAUUGCAAAACAAGAAAAAAAUACAGAGGAAAGAUCAUUACUUUUGUGUCCUGUGUGAUCAGCAGGUUAUCUCCUGAUAAGGUGCUAGAGGAAUCUUCUCGACCUCAACCAGCCCAACAUCAGAGAUUCAAGAUCCAUAAUCAAUCAAAAUGCGAUGGUGUAAAAGCACAAAGGUCAUCUUCGUGGUUCUGUUUAGCACUGCCAUCUUUACUGUGACCAUACAUAAAGUUCCUUAUGGACAUUUUAAAGAUUUGGUGAACAAUAGCAUGGUGGAACGUUUCCUUCAUGGUGAACCCUGUGCCUGUAUGGAGCGCUGUUUGGCUGCGAGUGACGACAUGUGGUUUGCUGAACAUUUCAAAAAAGAUGUCCCACCAGUGCUUUCUCUCAAUAACAGCGCCUUCCCUGACCACAUCUUUAAAUGGUGGCAGUCUCUCCAAUCAAGGAGCAAAGCUAAUUACUCCCAAGUGAUUACAGAGCUGUUUUCUGUCAUUCCUGGAGAGGAAUGGUACAGAGAUGAUGGCCCAUCCCGCUGCCGAACAUGUGCUGUGGUGGGGAACUCUGGGAACCUUUUAGGAUCAUACUAUGGUCCUAUUAUAGACAACCAUGAUUUUGUAUUCAGGAUGAAUAAGGCACCAGUUGAAGGCUAUGAGAAAGAUGUGGGAUCCAGGACGACCCAUCGCAUCAUGUACCCAGAAAGUGCCACCCACCUGGACAACAACACACACCUGGUGCUGUUGCCCUUCAAAACACUGGAUAUCCAGUGGGUCACCAGUGCUCUAACUGAUGGAUCUAUCAAACGAACACGGUUUAAGGUUAUAGACAAGCUACAAGCCAACAAGGACAAAGUGAUGGUUAUGCACCCUGCUUUCAUGCAUUAUGUGCACAACACGUGGCUGCACAUUAAGUCUCGAAGAUCUUAUCCAUCUACUGGUUUCCUUGUGCUAAUAUUCGCUCUGCACAUUUGUGAUGAGGUCAGUGUGUUUGGCUUUGGCUCGAACAGUAAAGGCACCUGGCACCACUAUUUCGAAAAAACACCCAAGUCUUUCAAACGCACUGGUAAACACAGUGGAGGGAUUGAGCACGAGACCAUCUUAGAACUUCAGGAGAGGAAGCUGAUUGACCUAUACACAGGGUGGUGAAAAAGAUAAUGACAUUGAGUAGCGUGUUUAUUUAUUGAUAUUUACUUUUAUUUAUGAUAAAUAUAAUGAUUCACACUUUGGUCAAACGGUUUGUCUCUGUACGGUUUUAGCUUUUUUUUUUUUUUAUAAAUGAAUGUUCAGUCAGCAUUGACUCUCUAUAUUGAUCAAAAAUGGCAGUAAAGUCUAAACAAAACAAAUUCUAUUUCAAAUAAAUGCUCUUUACAAAAAAUAAAAAAUACAGUUGUUAAUUCUGUUCUCUUUCUGUCAAAAAAUCAUGAAAAGUAUCAUAGUUUCCACAAAAAUAUUACGUUUCAUACACUGAUCAUGUAUGUUAUGCUUGGCGAUUCAAGGACAAAGGCGAGAGGAACCAAAUGCAGAUUUUACAAAUGCAGAAGUAAUAAAAAGGAACCAGACAAAAAGAAAAAGGAGUAACCAAAUGUGUAACAGCCAGUAAAGAGAUAAGAGAAAGAUCAAAGGCAAAAACAGGGUACAGGGGGAGGAGCUAGUGAAUUGCUAUGGUAACUUGUAAAUAGUAGCAGGUAAGCAAACAGGGACACAGAUCACAGGAAGAGAACACAGAAAGGGUGGAGAAACACAUUUAAAAAAUACAGUCAAAAAAGAGAACCAAGGCAAGGGCACAUAGGUUUGUCCCUGGAUGACUCGUUUGCGUAAGUGACAUUACUAGUUUUUAUUCAAAACAGGUGAUGGAAAAACAUACAAAACAUGAUUGCUGAAAUAUUAUCUGAGAAAAUGGUUAUCAGGUUAGUAUACAGUAAUGUUGAUCGCUGCAGAAGAUUUUCAAUAUUGAGUAACACUGCAUGUUUAUCUGCUGGGGCGUAAUGGGGGGACGGAGGGAUGACACACAACAGACACAAUAGCACUGUAUAACUGAUAUAGGCUUAUGUUUCAUUUUUUUCCCUUUUUUAUUCAAAUUAUUCCCAAACGUGUUAAAUAAUGAAAUAUCUCCAUUCUCCUGAAACUGUUUUGCAAUGCGCAAUUAAUAUCUUACUUACAUUAAUUCGCACUUUGUUGUUUUUGAUGAGAAAAUUUGUCAGAGAGCAUGUGCAGUGAACAAAACACCGGCCUUUCAGUGAUGAUUGAUCUCAUUAUUUAUUUAUUAUUAAGAUGCGAGUUGAAAGUUGGGUUCAGUUAAGAGAGCUUGAACAUGUAUUUUAGUCUAGGACUAGGCUUAAA